AUGUCCUUGGUGGUGAAGGAGAAGAACCACGUGCGCUUGGUGUUCCUGGGAGCUGCCGGCGUGGGUAAGACAGCCCUCAUCCGCCGCUUCCUGCUGGACACCUUCGAACCCAAGCACCGGCGCACGGUGGAGGAGCUGCACAGCAAAGAGUACGAGGUGAGCGGGGCCAGGCUCACGGUGGAAAUCCUGGACACCAGCGGCAGCUACUCCUUCCCGGCCAUGAGGAAGCUCUCGAUCCAGAACAGCGACGCCUUCGCCCUGGUCUACGCCGUGGACGAUGCCGAAUCCUUCGAAAGCGUCAAGAGCUUGAGGGAGGAGAUCUUGGAGGUGAAGGAUGACAAGUUCCCUCCCAUCGUGGUGGUGGGCAACAAGGCGGAGAGCGGCGGCGAGCGGCAGGUGCCGGCGGAGGACGCGCUGUCGCUGGUGGAGCUGGACUGGAACAGCCGCUUCCUGGAGACGUCGGCCAAGGACAACGAGAACGUGCUGGAGGUGUUCAGGGAGCUGCUGCAACAAGCCAACCUGCCCAGCCGCCUCAGCCCCGCGCUCUGCAAGAGGAGGGAGACGUUGCCCAAGGAGCAGGUGCUGAGGCCUCCCAUGAACAAGACCAACAGCUGCUCAGUGUGCUGA